GCGCCCCUCUUGACUCUUUGCUCUGAGAAAGGAAAGAAAAUAGUGAACCCUAGCCCUAGAACAACAGUUCAAGCCACACACUCUCUCUCUUCACCUGCUCAAGCUCGAGGCUUCUGAGGACUCAUUCUGAUCCGAAAAAUCUCCCUGUUCCAUUUUCAGAGAGAAUCAGAAGAGGUUACCUUCUAGCGUCACUCAAGUUUCAAUCUCUCUAUUUUUCUCUUCUCUAACCUCUUUUUUUCGUAAUUUCUUCUAUCUUUUAUAUACAAGCUCUAAUUUAUCCAUUCAAUGGAACUUCUAAUUUUCUUUGCCCCUUUUUUGCCCUAGUUUCCCCAUUCAAGGAGACCCUGAUUUCUUCAUUCAGUGAAACCCAUAGUUGUAUUCAAUAAGACUUUAAUUAUAUCCUUGAAAUUUCGGUGGAGUUAUUUUUUGGGAAUAUUGGGAGCAUUAUAUUGCCUCAAUAAAGAUGUCACAUCCUUUGCCUUCUAAACGAAAAACAAUAUCGUCUGUGUGGGAUGAAUUUGAAAAGGUUAGAUCAGAAGAUGGUAGUGUUAAAGCAGCUUGUAAACAUUGUCACAGAAACUUAGUUGGAUCUAGUGCACAUGGGACAAGUCAUUUAAAGAGACAUUUAGGAAGAUGUGCUAAGCGAGUGCAUAUAGGUUCAGGGCAACAACUAGUAGUAACAUGUAUAAAGAAAGGGGAAGCUAGCUCGGUGAAUUUUAAAUUUGAUCAGGGGCGAAGUCGAUAUGAUCUUGCAAAAAUGAUUCUCUUACAUGAGUACCCUUCUUCAAUGGUAGAACACACUACUUUUAGAACUUUUGUAAGAAAUCUUCAACCUUUAUUUAGUAUGGUUUCCCCAAGUACCAUAGAAUCUGACAUUAUUGAAAUUUACAAGAAAGAGAAAAAGAAAUUGUAUGAGGAGUUAGAAAAAAUUCCUAGUCGCAUCAGCCUCUCUGCUAACAUAUGGUCUUCAUGUCAGAAUCUAGAGUACUUAUGCUUGAUCGCCCAUUAUAUAGAUGAUGCUUGGGUAUUGCAAAAACAGAUCCUAAGUUUUGUAAAUUUACCAUCUCGUACCGGAGGUGCCAUUGCUGAAGUGCUCUUGGAUUUGUUAUCGCAGUGGAACGUUGACAAAAAAUUGUUUAGUAUAACCUUAAACAGUGCUUCCUAUAAUGAUGUAGCUGCAUCAUCCCUUAGAAGUCGAUUAUCUCGAAAUUCAUCACUACCACUUGAAGGUAAGAUAUUCCAUUUGUGUUGCUGCUCUCAUGUUGUGAACCUUAUGGUGCAAGAUGGAUUAGAGGUUAUACAAGAGGUGCUUCAAAAAAUUCGUGAGAGCAUCAAAUAUGUCAAGACAUCACAUGUGAGGCAAGAACGAUUCAAUGAGAUAAUCAACCAACUUGGAAUUCAAAGUAAACAAAAUAUAUUUCUUGAUGUUCCAACUCGGUGGAACUCGACUUAUCAUAUGUUAGAUGUUACUUUAGAAUUGAGAGAAGCAUUUUCUUGCUUUGCUCAAUGUGAUUCCAUGUGUAACAUGGUGCCAUCUGAGGAUGAAUGGGAAAGAGUGAAAGAAAUUUGUGAUUGCUUGAAACUUUUUUACGAUAUUACAAAUACAUUUUUGGGGAGUAAAUAUCCAACAGCAAAUCUUUAUUUUCCUGAGGUAUAUCAAAUGCAUUUGAGGUUAGUGGAAUGGAGCAUGAGUUUAAAUAAGCAUAUUAGUUCCAUGGCGAUCAAGAUGAAAGAGAAGUUUGAUAAGUACUGGAAAAUAUCCAAUUUGGUUUUAGCUAUUGCAGUUGUGAUUGAUCCUCGUUUCAAACUAAAGUUUGUAGAAUAUUCAUACUCCCAGAUAUAUGGCAAUGAUGCUGAGCACCAUAUUAGGAUGGUUCGUCAAGGUGUUUAUGAUCUCUGCAACGAGUAUGAAUCUAAGGAACCAUUGGCUUCCAAUAGCGAGAGUAGUUUGGCUGUUAGUGCAUCAACUUCUAGUGGUGGUGUUGACACCCAUGGUAAGUUGUGGGCGAUGGAAUUUGAAAAAUUCGUACGAGAGAGUUCUAGCAACCAAGCCCGAAAGUCAGAAUUGGACCGUUAUUUGGAAGAACCCAUCUUCCCACGAAAUCUAGAUUUCAACAUUCGGAACUGGUGGCAACUGAAUGCACCAAGAUUUCCCACCCUCUCUAAGAUGGCUCGUGAUAUUUUGGGGAUUCCAGUUUCCACUGUUACAUCAGAUUCAACAUUUGACAUAGGGGGACAAGUUCUUGAUCAGUAUCGUAGCUCUUUGCUUCCAGAGACUAUACAAGCCUUGAUGUGUGCGCAGGACUGGCUUUGGAAUGAAUUAAAAGGUGGGAAAUCAUCUUCUAUUGUUGCAUGGUAACCUCGUCUUCGUAAGUUCAUCGUCGUGGUCUCUAGGAGUUCUGUGCCGCCCAACUGCUACUUUCAACUCUUUGAUUCAUCAGUUGGGAGAUUGAUGUUGAUAAACGACUGGCCCCUAGUUCCAUCUCGGGUAUCGGGUGUUUUUUGCAUCAAUCACUCAUGGUAUUACCUCUCUCAAGACUUUAAGAAGCUCUUUCUUUUAUGACGUGGGGAGUGAAGAAUGAAGUUGGCUUCAAACUCCAAUGAAGCUUUCAGGGAUUUCCAAAAGGUUCCCUGUUAUCCAAGAUGGGUUGGUUGACUUGCGUUCGUGGUGGUAGUUCAUGAUUUACGAGCUCAUGUUUGGGUUUGAAAUAAGGAGAAGGGAUGGCAGGAACUGGUUAAUGUGGAUUUAAACUAAUUUGCAAUCAACCAAUAUUGGAUAAAUCCACUUCUCUUGGUUGAUGAGAUGCUCCUCAUGGAUACCGGGGAUGGCAGGAACUGGUUAAUGUGGAUGUGAAGCAAUUUGGGAUCAACCUAACUUGGAUAAAUCCACUUCUCUUGGUUGAUGAGAUUCUCCUCAUGGAUGCUUGGCGAAAGUACAUUGCAUGUUAUAUAAAGAGUAUUGAGUCAGAUGUCUGAAACAAACUUUUUUGCAACCAAUCCUGUUAAAUGAAAAUUUUGGGAGGUGGAGUUGGACAGCAGGUUGAUAAUCUCAAGUACAUGAAAUAUUCAUUUGUAAGCGUGAUUAUUUUUCGUUUCUUUUUCAUUUUUCUUCUUCCCUCUAGUGGUUUUUAUUUUGGAUUCUCCACUUGGAAUUUGUUGUUGCUAUGUUACUUCAGGAAUUUUUUAUUUGUAACAUGAACUAGAUGACUACUAUCAAAACUUUUUAAGUGCGGCCUACGUCGCUGUGACUGGGGUAGCAACCUUAUUUUCUUUUA